UCUCCCAGGACUUUGGUUCUGUCACUGAGCGCUAAUUAAUUCGUACAGAUGACAAGAAUGAACGAUUUACAUUAGAAAUAGGUUACUUUUCCAUUAAGUGUUUGUUUAUACAAACAUGCAAAUGCUUUAAUUCUUUGUUAGGUCUGCACAGGAAGGAUCAUUAAUGUGAAGAGCGUUUAGCAGCAUCUGGCGGCCACUGAUUGCGCCUCGGCGGACUGCUGAGCAGCACUUGGCCUUCUUCAGAGGUGAAGGUGACUCGCCUCCAUUGAGGAGGGGAUGCAGAGACAGAGCCGCCAGCCCACCUCGCCGUCUCCUCCAAACUGAGCGUCAGUCGACCCGUCCAAGAGCAAAGCGCAUGGUUCCGUCUGCCUUUGAUGGGAAAGAAAUAACAGGUUUGGCGCAGAACGAAUACAGUGCGUGAUUUUUUCCCCUGUCUGGGUGGGUUUUCAUCGUGGAUGCGUAUGCAUGUGUUCUGCACCGAACGGGCGAAAAAACCGCCCCAGAACCGCCGCAAACAUUUUUCAGAUCGGGAAGGCUUCUCCGAGAGACCCGGAGAGGCGGGAGAGUACCGAGAGCACUCGCAAAGCACAGAGAGCCGUGGACGACUGCAGGAUGACCGUGCAGGAGUUCAACACUCUCGUGGCGCUGUAUCGUGAGCAGGUCAUCUCGAUCGGCGAGAUCUCGGCAGACUGUCCGUCUCUGCGCUCCCAGAUGCAAAAGACUCGCGUCAAAGGAUGCAACGUGGCCCGCGCGGCAUACCAAAACCUCACUGUCAUUUCAGGCCCAGAGGAUGGGGAGAUACAGCCGGAGAUCUGCCGGCUCUUCAUCCAGCUCCAGUGCUGCCUAGAGAUGUACAUCACCGAGAUGCUCAAGUCCAUGUGUCUUCUGGGGGUCCUGCAGAUCCACCGCAAAGGGAAUGAGCCUUGUCCAGAACCAAAUGUGGACUGCAAGGUGGAUGAGAGCUCCGACGUUCCCAUCCUGGAAGAACGUUCUUCUUCUCCGGUCGACUUCCCACAUGACUCCUGGAUGGUUUGCACAGACAUCGAGAACAUUGAAAGGGACAUAAGAGAGAUGAGGAAUCUUCUCAGCAAACUCAGGGACACCAUGCCUUUGCCAUUGAAAAAUCAAGAUGACAGUAGUCUGCUGAAUCUCACCCCGUUCCCACUCGUGAGGCAGAGGAAGAGACGUUUUUCUGGGCUCUGCUGUCUUGUAUCCGGAUGAGUCCCAGCUCCACCCCGCCCUCACCAACCCACCCACACACACCCACACACACACACAACCACACACACCCACACACCCACACCCACACACCCACACACACUUCUAUAAUCUAGAUGUAACCCGUCACUGAUCUGUCUCCAUCUCUAGCCUAUGACGAACAACUAUUUCAUUUGUCUCUUAUUUAUGUUUACCCAGUUUCUGAUGAGUCUCUAAUGCAAUUCUAACCUCCCUUUAGCACAUCUCUAGUUAGUUUCUAGCCCAUUUGUAAUCUCUCUGUGACUCAGAGCCAAAGACAGUUCAGACAAUGAAGAAUUAGUUUGUCUUCACCAAUAUAAAAAGAUGUCAAAAAUGCCCUGUCACCCAAAUAACAGGCUUUUUUUUAUGAGGUGCUCAGACCAUUAUCAAACUGCAGUGUGUAGAUGAUGGCUCUUUUGUCAGUGUAUCAGAUUUGAGAAAGCUGAAAAGUCUAAAUACCUUUUUUCAGUCUCAGGUGAACAACCAGGUUGACAAGAUUUAAGAUAUUGAGGGUUCUCUCCAAAAUACCAUUGCAGAUGAUGAUUACUGUUUGCACCAGAUCUGCCGUAUCUGAUCUACUGUAUAUCUCCCAACAGAGCCUUGUCAAACCUGUUUCACCCUUGCACCAAUUAUCUCUCUUUUUGCUCCUAUAUCUAUCUGUAAAGGUAGUCCUAGUCUGUCCAAUCAGUCUAAACUCCAUCACUAAUCUAUAUCUAAUCUCUGUCUGGUAAUUUCUGAAAUGUCCCUAACCAAUCUUGAGUGUGUAGCCGAGCUAAUCUGUCUAAAAUCGUUUUUGUCACCGACCUCUAUCCCUGAAGUUAACCUAAUCUGUCUUUGAGGUGGUCCUAAUUUAUAAUUUACCCGUUAUGCCUCUCUGAGUUAUCCCUAACCCUCUCUGUCCUCUUGUCUCUAUCCCUCGUCUGUCUCUCUAUCUAACCUAGAGUAUGUCUAAUCUGUCCAAACUGGUGGUCACUGAUAGAACAUUCUCCUCUGUUCCAUCUCUCUUCCUCGUCCAACCUGCCAUUAGUCUACAAUGUAAACUAAGAUGACUAACAAUACUUGUCCACCACCCUGUCUCUCCCCUCAUAUAGUUACUGCCAACUCGAACCUGCAUUGUAGUCAUUUACUGAAGGCUGACCACAUAUCAGAGUUUGACACAUACUGUCUGUACAAAGACAUUGAAUGGAGUGACUGUAACCAAUGAAUUUCAUGAUAUAUUUCAUUUACCAUAUUUGUUUACCAUCCUUGUGUACAUGAUGGAUGUGCAGUGUGUUAUAGACCAUGUCCUUGCCAUGUUAUUAGUCAGGUAUAUUCAAAGGGUCAAGCACCAGACUGAUAGCAGGAAAGAAAUUUUGUUUUUUUAACUGAUUUUUAUUGUCACUGUGCAAUGCAUUUUCUUCUUUAGUCUUCCAUAAGAAAGGGAAUCUGUAUUCAUAUAAUUUAUCUUUUUUUUUUCCAUUUAAGGGCUUUGUAAUGCUCUGUAUGAAAGCCAUCACCAAUCCAUUGUGAGCACAGUACAGAAAUCUGUGUAUAUAUUCAAAUAUACAUAUAUAAAAAAUAAUUUUAUGUAAGUAAAAGAAUGCUAUGUCUUCGUUAUUUUCCUCUUAUAUUCUGUCUCCUCUUUUGGCCAGUCUGAGGACUUCCUUCUUACUGUAUACAGUACAGGCAGAAUGUGUACAGCAUGGAUGUUGCUUGUAGCGUCAGAUGUGCUCAGUUGUCUCUCUGUGGUGUUGGCAUAAUGUAAAAGCCAUUUUUUAAAAUGAAUAAACUUUUUUUUAUUUAACAAUAA